GAGUUGUCGAAGCAGAUGUGGGUGGCGAUCAUCAUCCAGCCACUUUAAAGUUGUGGGUCACUUGCAGUCAUUCGUGCGCUACCAGGACUGCUGCCGGAAGUUCUGCUGAUCAAGGCAGGAUUUCAAGAAUAGUGAAGAUUCAAGCGACAUGUGGCGAGAAGAUCGGAAAUUUGUCGAUUUCAUAGAUUUUUCGUAUUUGGUGAGAGCUUUCCAUUUUUUUUUUUUUUCAAAUUACCCUUUCGUCCACUCUAACAUCCAAACAUUUCACUAAAGACAAACCACGCCUAAUUAUCUACGUGGUGGGGUGUUCCCUUAGUCGUUCGCUGUGAGUUGUGGAUUGUCUGCUUCUCUUCUGAUGGUUCGGCUGAGGGGGCAUGCUCAUUAAUUUCUCUUCGCUCCAUACCUUUAGUGACGUGAUGAGAGCAAAGGCGUCUAUACGAAGUGUCCCUACACUCGCUACAAAUUCCCGGUGCUUGGGGAGGGGAAAGGGAAUUAUUUUUUUUUCUUGGCGCCAGUAUUUGUUGCACUAAUAUUCGUGCAAAAAAAAACUUAUGCACGUGGGUGUACAGAUUACGGAGUAAAAGAUGAUCGAAUUGUUCACCUAGCGCUCAUCUUCGAUUCCAGGACCAAGUUGCCUGCGGGUAUGGAGAUUGUUCGGUGUUCACCGAAGAAACCCCACCGUGCGCACACCCGUGCGCCCACCGUGUCAACUGACAGUUGACAGCAGAACAGAAACGUCAAACGUCACCAGCAAAAGCGCGCGCGAUCAGCGCGCGCGAGCAGCGCGCUCGUCAGAACACGUCCAGUCGUCGAAGAGUGCAGACGCAACAUCAGCAACAGAAGUGAAGUGAUCAAGUAGUGUAGUGAGAUGCAGGAGGAAGAGUAAGAAGGAAAAAUAAACCAAGAAAAUCACAAUUCCCGGUGUUUUCCUCUUCCUGCGAUCCCGCUGCCACAACCCAAAAUACAGUCCACUGAAACAUAUCGGCCAGCCCCGAACAUGGUCCGUACCGAACCGGAUUUGUGAGCCGUUCCCGUUCAAGUCCCCGGAAACCUCCGGAACAUUCCAGUCCAAGCACUCCUGAUCAACGUUCCCUCACGCUACCUCUGCAGCCAACCGGAUCUGAACGUUAGUCCGCGCACUUGCGUCGUCGGAAUCCGGAUUCCGGAAGUAUCCGCCCCAGGAGCUUCCACCAAGUGGUUCAACCGAACUGCUUUUAUGGCUGUUGAAUGCAGGUGAGUGGAUGCCCUAGCAAGUGUUCUCCUCUUCCCCACCAUUUGCGUGUGCGGUCGAGUUUUCUUGAGAAGCACCACGUACGAAUAUGUGUGCGUAUGCGUGUGUGUUUGUGAGGGUUGUCACACGUCAAAGUGACAACAACAGUGCGUCGUCGUCCAACCGGAAGACGAACAAGCAGCAGAACCUUCCCAACCGAGAACAGGUUGCAUCGUGGGCUUUCCCGAACCAGCGGAAAGUGGUCAUGGAUCUAUCCACAACCGAGAAUCCUGAGGAUGCGAUCCGGCAGCUCCAGGAGGUAGAACAGAAGGUCGAUUUCGUAGAAAAUACGUUUCUGUGUCUACCGGAGCCGGUGUUGGCGCAUCUUACAGUGCUUGAGGGCUUCCUAAGGGCAGCAAAAAGGGAACAUAACAAGCGAAGACUACAGUUCGUAUCACUUGUUCCGGAAGCCAUCGAGCAAGUGGAGGAGGAAAUGGGCAAGUUUUGGAUAGGCUACAAGGAAGUAAACUACACCCUGGCAAUGAAGUUAGCUGCUGCAAAGCAAUCUUCAGUUUCACCACCCGGCGAGGCAGACCAGAUUGCCGCCGAAGCUUGGCUGACGCAGCAGUUUAAGGCUUGGGAGUCCCUCCAAGCGGACAUCCCGGAGCAUACCAUCGAGUCCCAGCAGGCCAGGUCGCAAACCCUGGAAUCCCAAGAGGUAGCCGCCCAAGACUGCCCUCUACCGACCGACUCGAACCAACCGAGCUCGUGCAACUCCCAGCCAAGAGAGAUACCCGCCAAGAACGCGCGUGUGGACUCCACGUCCGACGCUCUCAUCGUGGCCAACCACGGGCCACAAGAACCAGCCGAGGCGGUUGCUCCGGAGGACCAUCCAGCGUCUACCGGAAGCCCGAAAGAUGUCACCGCCAGCGUGAAGCAUAACGAGCUGCUGUCAGUAGUGGUCUCGUGCCAAGUCCCGUGCCUUUUUCACCCGAAUCCGAUCCAAAUCCAGCACAUGAACCCGAACCCGAGACUGCAACCAGACCAGGUAUGUCCAACCGGACAGCCUCCCUCAAGUGAUGACCACCACGGAUAAUGAACCGCUGCUGCCAUCUGUGACGAAGGCCCCAGACAAGCGUGGCCAACCUCGUUCUUGUCGUUUCCACCCGGAUGUCGGCACCUUCCAGAUCCAGUCCAAGAUAAAGGCAAUCCAAGUGACCUCCCAGAACGCACGCGACAUCGAUGCCAUUCCUGAAGUAAGUGCGAAGCGAACCCUCGCUCCUGACAAACACUGCGUCGUUCGCAGAUCCCAGCAAGGUGAACCGUUCAUCGAGAGCCGGCGCGAAGCAUGGAAGCUGACCGUUCCGCCGGACAAGACCUCAAGAGCCAAGCAAACCGUUCCGAGUGACCAAGCUGGUCGCUCACAACCGUCCCUCGAUAGCCGACGCAAAGGCGGGCAUCCGUCCGUUCCGCUGGACAAGAUCGUCAAAGAGAAAUAAACCAAGAAAAUCACAAUUCCCGGUGUUUUCCUCUUCCUGCGGUCCCGCUGCCAAAAUACAACCCAAAAUACAGUCCACUGAAACAUGUCGGCCAGCCCCGAACAGAGAUCAUACAUACAUACAUACAUCCUCGGAUACAUAUCGACUCUUCAUUGCUGCCUGAGCAAUUUCUGUGGGGGAUUGUAAGGGGCCAGACAUAUUUCCUCGUUUCCUCGGUCGAAGACAAGUGCCGAUACAAAUCGUCGCUCAUUCAAUUCAAUUCAAUUCAAUUCAUGUUUAUUUGUUGUACUAAUCAGAAUAAAAUGUGCUUAACUAAUGCAGAGUUUUGAAGAUCCUUAUAACUACAAAUAAAUUCAAAUACAAUCAAAUGGGUGAAAUAAAUUCCAAAAAUUUCAGUCAAUUAAGCGAGAGCACACAGUAAAAAAAAAUGGUAAAAUUACAUUAGAAAAAAGCUUUAAUUUUACCUCUAAUAAUGUUUCAAUUUACAUCUGGCAGACGCUAGGAAAAAAUAUCUGUAAUCCUAAAAAAAUAUCAAACCGGCGAUAGUUAUAUCUAGCUUACUAAGUCCGCGCCCCAACCCGCACAGCCAACUCGCCGCUGUGAAAACUAGACGAUCAAAGCCAAUGUACCUCUAUGUGUUCCGUACAUUGUAUACUGUAUUUACUGCAUAUACGGUUCAGCUUGAACCAUGUGGUCAAAGACAAACUUAUGGGAAAUUAGACGAGCUUUCCGGUAACAAUAUUUUCGAGACUGAAAAAUCAAGUCUGUCAUAUAGAAAUAGCUAAAAACCAUCAAAAAACCUGUUUUUUAACAUUUUUAUUUUUAAAACCGCUGUAACUUCACAAGGAUUGGACUUAGGACAUUGGACAAUAUGGAGACUUUUAUGUAAAGUUGUCUGGAAAAUCGAUUCCCCUAUUCGGUUUUUGAAAAUUUUGAUGUUUGGAGCACUUUUGAAAAAAAACAGUUUCAGUAAAUGAUUUUUGAAUUUUUGUUGGUGAGUUGCUCCAUCCUGCAUUUUUCGUGAGUUUAUUUGUAACAUCUUAGGCUAUUUUCACAAAAAUUUUGAACGAAAAAAAAAUUGUGGGCUCACUUUCAAAUUUAACUUUUAAACUUUAAAAUCAAAAAAUCUCAUAAAAUUCUUUCUAAUAAAUAUUCUAAUACAAUUCUUUCUAUAAAUCUCAUUUUUUCUUUCAGCCCGUCAAAUUUCCUACAAGUUUGUCUUUGACCACUUUUUGAUACGAUGCAUAGGCUUCGAGAUACAGCAAUAUUUAUAUUACGAAAUACAAACAUAUUUAAAACACUUACGCCCUUCUCAAAUGGCAUUAUCGAGUGAAACUGGCUCCAUAUACACAAAAAUGGCUUAAAUAAGCCUAGGAUAACAUGUCACAAAGUUUCAUUGAAAUCGGAGAGGGUCGAGAAAAAAGUACCGAAAAAAAUCCUGUUUUAGGCUGGAAUUGCUCAUAUACUAUUAGAAAACCACAUAUAAUGUACUACUUUGUUCGGAAACUCAUUGAAAAUAACACCAAGUCUGUCUGUCCUAUCGUGACACUUCUACGCAUAAUUGUCCCACCAAGUAUUUUCUUUCACGAAAUCAUUAGUUUCACGAAGUAUUCUGUCUUAUUCACUUGUUGUAUAGCAAGAGGAUUACUAAUAAGAGUGAUAAACUGCUAACUGGGAUGAUAAGGGACUUAUAAUGUGAAUAGGAACCCACGGGACAAUUAUGCGUAGAAAUACAAAAAACGAUCGAAAAAUUUCAAUCGCGUUUUUCUCAGUUGCACUUUUUUGAACAUGGGACAAUUUUGCGUAGAACGGCAGUACAUACCCCUUAUAAACAUUCAAAUAUGUAAGCCGAUUUCUUUUCAUCGCAGUGCUAAUAACUCAUCAGGAUAAACUCGGAUUUUCUUGCACCCUCCGACAAAGGUGUAUGAAAUCUAAGAAUCGAGCCAGGGGGAAUCUCUUAAGAUUUUCCAAAAUUUUCAACUGCCAAAUUUGUAUGAAACUAAUGAUGCAAAAUGGCUUCUUUGGGCAUACCGAAGGCACCAAAAAUGUACCAGCCGGAUAAAAAAAUACAAAAAAAAUCGAAUGACCGAAAUCUCAUAGAAUUGCUUAUUAAUUAUGCGAACUUCUAUCCAAAUAAUUGAUAAAACAAGAUGAAGUGCCCGGGUUUCAAAGCGUCUGGAAAUUCGAAGCAUGACGUUAGACGCAUUGAGCUCUUUCAUAAAAUCAUUACCUGCUCUGUACGGUAGAGCAGUGCAGCGAAUAGGUUUGCAGCAAUUCCCCACGUAUUUGUUUUUGUUUGCCCAUUAAGGUAACAUACGUCGGGUAAGGGUAGUCCUAAAAUUUCAGUCGAUUUUCGCCAAAACAUGUGGUUUCAAAAAAAAAUCUUUCAUGGCUUUCAAGAAAAACAUAUUCAAAAUGGGACAAGUUCAUAAAGACUGUUGCAAAUAUUUUUCAAAGUUUUUGUCAUUCCCUUCCCUUCAAAUCGUCCUGCAAAAUCAGGGGGAAAUAAUCAAAAUACUUUUGAAAACACUUCACAAUUUUAACGAAAUUGUGAAUGCAACCGGCUGAAUACGAUUUAAAAUGCAUUCCCCUCCAUUUAAAAACAUGUUUAAAAUGUUUCAGGUCGUUUUUUUCGAUGUACAGCACAGAAAAAAAGUGCAAUAAAUAUUUACAUUUUUGAAUGUAAAUUAUUUUUAAAUAUGGGUUCAACUGUGCACGAAAAUAUGCAAAUUUGAAAAUAACCUUCUCCGAUCCUGCCCAAAUUUGGCAGGGCUGUUGAUACUAUCAAAACAUGCAAGAAUCCCGAAUUUCAUCGAAAUCAGAUCACGGCGAUUUUUGAGCGAUCCUCCUAGUUUUACACGGCGAUAGCUCAGGAACCACAAAUCUUAGAAAAUCGGUCUUAGAGUCAAUUUUGAAGGAAAUUGGACGUAGAAUCUCUCUGUAUUGCGCAAUUGAAAAAUUGAAAUGGCCUUAUCUCAAAACACCCCAACUUAUUUUUUUUGCUUUGAUCUCACCAUCGUAUUCUCCGGCCAAUUUUACAUAAGAAUCACUUAUUGGCAGAAAUGAAUAUGUUUCGUUCCAGAGAUAUCGUAUUUUAAAGUUUUGGAUAUUUGAGAUUACCUAAAUCAGCUUUAUUCGCCGCAUCGGCUAGAAACACACAGGCGCGCUGUUCAAUAAAUACUACCUGGUGUUCUGGGAGAUUUUUUUAAAAAUAAUUUUACGCAAUUUUCAAAUAGCUAAUACCGUCAUCUGGGGUGAAUCGGGACUACAGUCUGAAUAGGGACAGCAGUGUUUAGAGUACUUAAAGGUUUUAAAUUUGGAAAUGGAUGUACACAUUUUGUUGGUCUGAGUCUGUUCUAUCCGAAACCAACCAGAAAAAUCAAAAUAUUGUGCUCUAACAUGGUUGAAACUGCUGUCCCAAUUCGCCCCAUGUGUCCCAAUUCACCCCAGUUGACGGUACCUUGAUUAAUCUAUUUUUUGUUCAAGGAACAUUUAUUGGGUUAUUUUGAAUGCACCGUUUUUUACUUGUGUUUCUAACCGUUUUAGACUAGAGCAUGUGUCAUGGGCGGUAGCAAAAUAGUACCAUUCAGCAAAAAACUCCAAAAGCUGCUUUAUGUUUAAAAAGAUUGAUCAUAUUAAACAGAUUUUCAUAUUGUGAGUCAGUCCAUUUGAUUAAUUGAUGAUUUUGUUCAAAGUACAUUUAAUUUCAAAAACAAAAAAAAUAUUCCUGAUACUUGGAGACAGCUUCCGUAGUGUGUUCCAAGAAUCCGAAAUGAUAGAAAAAAACAUUAUUGUUCGGACAAAAAAAUUAGCUGCUUUGCAGCAGAUCAAACUUUGUGAUUUUCUUACAUUCUUUAGUUUUAUACUUUCUAGAAAUCCUUCUCCUUCACGAGAAUACAACGUUAGGAUGUAACAAAAAUUACUUUUUGGCGGGCAUUCAGGCGUUUGUUCCGGUGGGCAUAAUGAGCCCAAAUCCCAAAAUUUAUUACAGGGCAGAAUUAAAUUCCGACGAAGCGAGCAGGAAAAUGCAAUUGAUCUUGUAAGUAACACUGAACAAAAAAUGCUCGAUACAUUAUUGAGUAAUAAAUAUGAAUUAAAAUAAAUAAAGCUUGUUGAUACGUUGUAUUAGAGUGUAACAAAAAUGACUUUUUGGCGGACAUACAGGGUUUUUUUUUCCGGUGGGCAUACUAAGCCCAAAUCCCAAAUAUGAGCUUGAUUGGACGUAACAGGAGCUGGCGCUCCGCCAUUCAAUUUUAAAUGGGAUUUAACAAGUGAAAAAACAUUUUUUUCAAACAUGACAAUUUUUGAGGCAUUUUGGCCUCCAGGGUGCUCAAAACUUCAAUGUUAUAGAUACCAAAAGAUACGCAAGGAUCUGACCUACACGCCAGUGAUGUUUUUGGUAAACGCGUUUGAUUAAUUGGCCAAAAUGCCUCAAAAAUUUACAUUUCUGAAAAAAAAGUUUUUUUACUGGUUAAAUCCCAUUUAGAAUUGAAGGGCGGAGCGCCAGCUCCUGUUACGGCCAAUCAAGCUCAUAUUUGGGAUUUGGGCUUAGUAUGCCCACCGGAAAAAAACCCUGAAUGCCCGCCAAAAAGUCAUUUUUGUUACACUCUAAUACAACGUAUCAACAAGCUUUAUUCAUUUUAAUUCAUAUUUAUUACUCAAUAAUGUAUCGAGCACUUUUUGUUCAGUGUUACUUACAAGAUCAACUGAAUUUUCCUGCUCGCUUCGUCGGAAUAUAAUUCUACCCUGUACUGUGUGUCAUGAUUACCCUAUCAUGUGGGUUAGCAUAUAAAUUCAACCCUUUUUUGCAAAUAAACAUUGAAUAAACGAAAUGUAGAGCACGCAAUGUAAACAAUAACAAACACGUUUUGUUUGGCUGACCAUUCUGUGCAUUGUCCCGAAGUUUGGUUGUAUUUGGUUGCUGGAGUCCCGAGUUAUAAUUACAAAUGUUUACAGUAGUCUAACUCGUACGUGAGUCAAACGCAUCCUGACCUGAAAUCCCUUUGGCCAAUUGUCACACUUACAUCAAUUUUCAGGGAGUGACAAGAUAGCACGACAAGAUUGAAACUACUUGCAUAUGUAAAGUGACAAAAAUGCACGGAGUUUUUUCGGUUUUUGGUGAAUAUCUCAGGAUUGAAAUCGAAUUUUGGGGAUCUGUGAAGAUAAAAAGGUGAGGCAUUGUGAGCUGCACAAAAUUGCGUUCUUAACUCAAUUUGGCCCAAAAUGCACGUAGGACAAGUUAGCACGAUGGCGACGAACGUAGAUUUGUUCUUAGAUAGUUUACUAACAUUUUUCCAAAAUAUGGUGGAUUUUGAUGAACACUACCUUAAAUACCAAUAGUUUGAAAAUUGACCCAAUCUCACCCCUUAGAGGGGGUGACAUUGGGUCAAAUGAAACUAAAAUGAUGCUCAAAUACAACGAUAUGGUAAAAACAAGUCAUCCAACAACGUUUCUUGUUCGAGGGAAUCGUAUUCACACGCUACAAUGUUUGAAGUGGAGAUUUUCAAAAAUUUGGGUAGUUUUCGAACAAUUCUAACAAAAAUAUUAGAAAAAUGAUUUUUCGAGAGGUAAUUUUUGGCCAAAAACGUACCCCAACUUUAGACAUCUGCUAAAAUAACAGGAUUUGUUCUAGGAACGAGAUUUUUUCAGCGAAGUCAUCUUAAGAUCAGGCAUGCCAGAUUUUGAAGAUUUUCGGGCACAUCACAAAAACGCAAAUGAGUUUAACUUGAUGGCAAACAAAUAUUUUACAAAUCUGUUUUUGGCAAAAGAAGCAAAACAUUGUUAUCUUUUUCGUGAGUAAUUUAUUUAAUUAAAAAUCAUCGAAUAACAUGGCAAAACAAUACGUUUGAGCAUUGAGCCUGUGCUCGAAAAUCUUCAAAUGUGGCAUCCCUGGAAUAAAGCCACGGGAGAUAAAAGUGCUCUCGCGAAAGACAACAGUCAUCUGUUGUACUUCGACCGCGGCACCGUCAAGAUGCCGCACUAUGGGUAUCAGGCGGCCAUAAAUCAAAAAACCGACAUACUCUAAUUUUUUUUUGUAUUUUAUUCGAUAAUAAACAUUCUAACUUAGAAAUAUUUGGAAAUUGAAGGUUGUAAGUUCAAAAUUCACUGAAUAGCAGGCCUUCAAAGGCGAAAAUUGAAUAAAAAAACAUGUUUUUUGACAAAAAAAUAUUAUUUUUCAUAGUUGUACUGUGUAGCUGUUUAUGUAUUUUUUCCUGCAUCAUUAUAUAUAUUCAGAAAGGGAAUUGAUGCAACUUUUUAAUAACAUUUAACAAAGUAUGCUUUUACAGGCUAAAAAAAUACUAAAAAUAAAAAAAGAUGGAUUUUUAUUCAAAAUUUAGUUUUUUUCAACUUUGUUAAUGAAGUACUUUUUUGUGUGCAUUUGUGCGAUCUGAAAAUUUCCCAGCUUAAAAUUUGAACCAUGUCCUAACUUGUCUCCAAAUUUCAAAGUGCUCAAAUGUGCACUUUUUGAGUUACGCCAUUUUAAACAUUUUGAUUCAUGCGAAAAAAUUAUGAUUUCGCGUAUACGCUUGGUUAAAAGCACAUUAUUUUACCUGCGGAGGCAGAAACAACGUACCUGCUAUGCAUGUUUUGAAAAUGAUUUGAUAUCAUGACUGUUGGUACUUAGAUACGUU